GACAGUGUUUCCCAACUUGGCUACACUAAACAAGAGCAAAAAUGGCGCAAAACUUCGAUGAUGACUUGGUUGCGCUACGAGGCAUGUUCCCGUCCUGGGACGUGGAGCUGCUGGAGGAGCUACUAACGGCGCAUCAGGGAAAUAUGGAGAGCACUGUGGACUCACUGCUUGCUAUGGACGCGACGGCUGGAGCUGGACAGGAGCAAGUUUCACAGCCGCCGCCUGCUCCGAGAUCUCCGCUCCGUCGUCCGCGCAGUCCAUUGACAGCGCCGUCGUCUUCUCCAAGUGGACAGUCACGACGCCGCGUCAAGCUUCCUGAUGAUUUCUUGCGCUUGCCUUCCUAUGAGCACCGUGAACUGUCCGAACAGGAGGAGCGUGAUGCCAUCCUGGCGCGCAUGUUGCAGGACCAGAUCUUCCGGGACGAGGUGCUGUCCAGCGAGGAAUUCUCGUCCCACUUCCGCGACAACAGAUCGAGACAGAGCCAAGGUUAUCCACCCGAGAAGACGGCGGCCGAGAUCGCCAGCGAGACGUACACGGCUAUGAGUGAGAAGUUCGCGUCCAUGAGUGAAGCCAUGAAGAGCAAGAUGCACGAUAUGUACAUGCGAUUCCAGAUGCGCAAUGACGCUCCUGCCAGCAGAGACCCCAAGAGGUGAGAUUCGAGUGACGGAACUUUAGGAGAUGUUCUCAUUCCAACGUGCUGUUGCUUUAGCCAACGCCCGCUAAUGGAGGACGAUUCCGAUUCCAGUGAGGACGAAGAUCUGAAUGACAACGUGGAUGUACGACGCCACGACAUGGACCAUCGACGUAGUUUAGGAUCGCAGAGACGACUGAGCUCUGGCAGCGUGACACGGAGGACCAACGCUGGAGCGUUCUCCAAGAAGGACGACUAGUCGUUGCACUGGAGUAGCCAUUUACGAUCGCGACAAUAUUUUCGCUGUCGUUCUGCUGCAGACUUCAGGCUACUUUUUUUUUAGCAAUAAGGAGGGCCGGAUGGUGUGCGUGUGUUGGCAGGCCUGUAUUUCCCCUCAGUCGGCUUUAAUAUGAGGAAAAAUCGAUCGUGUCGGAUCGUUUCCAUGGGUU